AGUAUUGUCAUUCCCCUUGGCCUUUCGGACAACCCUGCUGAGGUUUCAUCGCAAUGAGCCGGCGCCCCAUCCCCCAUGGAUAUUCGCCCCUUUGAAGCUAAACUUUGCGUCUCGUAUUACGAGAUCACGCGAGCCAGUAUGUACGAGCAUUGACAGAACCGUUAAAAAAUCGCAAGGAUGUACGCGCUACAAAUGCAAACCGCCUGCCAAGGGGAGGGCAAUGGAGAACCAGAUAUACCGGCUAGUCAUCAUCAAGAACCAACACGACCAGCUGUCCAAGAUUGUAGCUCUUUCGAUAUUGUUAGAGCUACACAGUAUGGAGCAUUGGAUCGUGUUACGGAAUUGAUAGAAGCUGGUGCAGAUGUAAAUCAACCUGAUGCAGAAACUGUAACGUUACUGCAUUGGGCAGCAAUAAAUAAUUAUAAAGAUAUAGUUAAGUAUCUGAUCGCUAAAGGAGCCAUCGUUGAUGCUAUUGGCGGUGAAUUAGUUUCAACUCCGUUACAUUGGGCCACUAGGCAAGGACAUUUAGGUAUUGUGGUUAUAUUGAUGAGAGCAGGUGCGGAUCCAACUUUAAGAGAUUCCGAAGGCUUCUCAUGCAUUCAUUUGGCAGCAUUAUUUGGUCAUACUGCUAUCGUUGCUUAUUUAGUUGCGAAAGGAGUCAAUCCUAAUAUGCUAGAUAGAAGUGCCAUGACACCUCUUAUGUGGAGCGCUUACAAAGUUAAUAGCUUUUCAUUUUACAGUUUAGAUCCUACAAGAUUGUUAUUGACAUUAGGAGCAUCUCAUUCCUUAACAGAUAAUUUACACGGUAACACAGCUUUACAUUGGGCUAUUAUUGCCAAAAAUAAUACAGCAAUAUCUACGUUAGUUCAUCACGGUGCAUCAUUGGAUGUUCCAAAUUUUAAAAAUGAAACUCCAAUGACAUUGUUGGGGCCUCAUAUUGGGGCUGCUUGGUUGGGUCACAAAAUAAGUCAAGAAAUUAAAGAAAAACAAGGACGUACGAGAACAUGGUGCAGGGAUAAGAGAAUACGUUGGUAUUGCAUGGUCAGUACACCAUUUAUAGUGUUUUAUGUAAUAGGAUUGAUUCUACAAAGUGGAUUGGAUUAUUUAAUAAAACUAGGUGCCUUCAUAAUGCUCUAUGUAGGAAUAUAUUCAGCGAAUCAUUUUAUCUUUGAUGAACGACUAUUUCAUAUCUUACCAUUGUCCAUUUAUUUGGCUACUAAGAUGUGGAUUUAUGUUACAUGGGUAUUUUGGUUAGGCAUUCACGCAGCUUGGUAUUUAUGGUUAUUAUUAGCUGGAGGUUCAGUUCCUCUUUGGAUAUGUUUCUUGCAAUCUUGGCGUGGAGAUCCAGGAGUAAUUACUGCAAGUCACGAAGAUAAGUUAAAUACAAUAAUAGAAUUAGCCGAAGCAGGUGGUUUUGAACCGCAAUGGUUUUGCAGCAGUUGUUUAGUUAGGAGACCUGUACGAUCGAAGCAUUGUUCUACAUGCGAUAGAUGUAUCGCUAGAUUUGAUCAUCAUUGUCCUUGGGUUAAUAAUUGUAUCGGAGCACACAAUCAUAAAUAUUUUCUAGGCUUUUUAGCAUCGUUGUUAGGUCUGUGCAUUGUUAUUUUAUCUGCUAGUGUACAAUACUGGCAGUUUGAAUGUUGGACUAAUUUGACGAAUGGUCACAGUGCAGAUAAUUAUUUAGUAGCUGCAGCUACUUGCGAUGCUUGGAUUAUGUGGAUCGCAGCAAAUACCUCUCUUCAUUCCUUUUGGGUUGGAAUGUUGUUAGCUUGUCAAUGUUAUCAGAUCAUGGUACUUGGAAUGACUACAAAUGAAAGAAUGAAUGCUGGACGUUAUACACAUUUCAAACAAGGCAAUCCGUUUCAUCGUGGAGCUUUACAAAAUGCUGCGGAUUUUUGCAACUUUAGUUUUUGCGGAGUAAAGGCAAAACCAAGUUCAGAUUGGCUACACAGUUUUGAUCUUAAGCAGAGUAUCGAAAAAUUACCAUUACUCGCUGCGAAAGAAAAUUUUCAAUACGUUUAAAAUAUUGAUAUGAUAAUAAUGAUAAAUAAUAUUGUCAACUGAAAAUUAUUUUUUCAUUUGACAGGAUUACAAAAUCUAGCCGUUAGAAGCUAAAAUAUAUAUAUGCCAUAUCAAAUACCUGAACUUCUGGCCCACCAAAGAAUCAUUGUGAAAAU